AUGUCUUUCUCAUUUGUACCUCUUACUGUGAAGAAUGGUCUUUCUGUUACUCAGCUAGAGAAGGCACAUGACACGAGAAAUUCAAUUCAGGUCCGACCCGAUUUAGCAUACUCCAUUCAUAUCUUGUCCCAUUUUAUGCAAGAACCUCGCAGUGAACAUUGGGAAGCAGCUUUGCGUGUAGUUCGUUAUUUGAAAGGUACACGGGGUCAGGGUAUCUUAUUGAGUGCUGAUAGUGAUCUCACCUUGCAAGGUUGGUGUGAUUCGGAUUGGGUGGCUUGUCCUCUUACUCGUCGCUCUGUCACAGGUUGGUUGGUGUUUCUCGGGCAUUCUCCUAUCUCUUGGAAAACUAAAAAGCAACCCAAUGUGUCGACAUCUUCUGCAGAGGCUGAAUACCGCUCCAUGGCGGCAGUUACUUGCUUGAUUUCUCUAUCGUGUGCCCCUACUACUUCUCAAUUGGCUGACAUCUUCACAAAGGCUUUUAGGAAGUCACAGUUUGACUAUCUUCUCUCCAAGUGGGGCAUUUUCGACACUCAUGCUCCAACUUGA